GCCGGAUGCGGUACUUAGGAGAGUCCACUUAUAUCAAAGAGAUGAGUAGAUAAGAUAUAACCUUAUAUAACCAUCAAAUAAUCAAGAUCAAAACAAACAUAUUUUAAUAUUAAUCAAAUAAUGUAAUAAUGUCCGAGGAAGAACAAAUAGAAGAAAAACCGUUUGCGAUCGAGCGAGCCAAGCAAGGCCGUGCAGCGUGUAAAAAAUGCAAACAGAAGUGCCUUCAAGGGGAACUGAGAAUAGCGAAAUUGGUGGCCAAUCCCUUCGGUGACGGUAAAAUGAAAUCGUGGCAUCACAUUAGCUGUUUAUUCGAGUCAUUUCUAAAGCAACGCAAGACUACUAAACGUAUAGACGGUCCAGAAGAUAUAGAUGGUUGGGAUAAUCUAAACGAAGAUGAUCGUAACGAUAUAUUAAAGCGUAUAGACGAAUGCGAUAGUUUUUUUAAUGUAACUAAGAAACCAAAGAAACCUAUUGAGAAACCUGAAAAGAAGAAUGUAAGUACAGAAGAACCAAAGAAUGUUAAUCAACCCGAGAGACAUACCCAAUUAUUUAAAGAAUUUAGGAAGCUUGUUGCAGACAUUACUAACACAGAUAGUUAUUUGGAAAAAACAAGCUGCGUAAAAAAAGCCUUCAACAAACUAUUCCCAAACGACUCGUACAAAAACGACAUAAUCUUGUGGAGUAAACUACUGCUACCCGGAGUAAUUAAACGGGUUUAUAACUUACAAAACAAGCAAAUAGUCAAGCUGUUUAGUAGAUUAUUUAUAGCCGAUUUAAACGACAUGUUAACCCACCUAGAGCAAGGAGAUAUCGGAGAAACUGUACAAGAGUUUUUCAACACCAGCGUCAGUAUUAAACCAGCCAAAAAGAGUAUUUUAACAGUCAUAGAAGUAGAUGAAUUUUUAAAUGAACUCUCUAAACUUACAAAAGAAGACGAGCAGCUAAACCAUUUCAAAUUGAUAGUUCCGAAAUGCACAUCGAACGAUCUCAAAGCUAUCAUAAGGUUGAUAAAAGGGGAUUUGAGAAUGGGAGCCGGAGCUAAACAUAUAUUAGAAGGUGUGCAUGAGCAUGCUUACGAUUAUUAUCAAACAUCUAGGGACUUGGAUGUUGUGAUAUCUAAAUGCUUCAACAGUGAUUCCAAUUCUAAGGAAAAUAGCAUUAUUUUACUAACUCCUGUUAGGCCGAUGUUAGCGGAAUCCUGCAAUUCCGUGGAAAAAGCCAUGAAAAAAUGCCCGAACGGAAUGUACUCGGAAAUCAAGUACGACGGAGAGAGAGUACAGCUUCACAAACGCGGAUCCGACUUCAAGUAUUUCUCCAGAUCAUUGAAGCCGGUGAUGCCGCACAAAAUCCAUCAUUUCAAAGAGUACAUCCCGAAAGCUUUCCCGCACGCUAACGAUAUGAUUUUAGAUUGCGAGAUUCUCCUGAUGGAUACCGUUGCCAGCAAACCUUUACCUUUCGGGUCUCUGGGCAAGCACAAAAAGGCCGAAUUCCAAGACGCCACGGUGUGCCUGUUCGUCUUCGACUGCAUCUACUUCAACGGCGAAAGCCUAAUAGAGAAACCGCUCAGCAAGAGGAAGCGGAUCCUUCGAGAAAACAUGACGGAGAUACCCAACCGCAUCAUGUUCUCCGAAAUGCAGGAAAUCUACAAGAAAGAGGAUUUAACGAAAAUGAUAGCGAAAGUCCUAAAAAUGGGCCUCGAAGGACUGGUAUUGAAGGACAUAAAGAGCUUCUACGAGCCCGGUAAGAGACAUUGGUUGAAAGUUAAGAAGGAUUACCUCUUCGACGGCGCCAUGGCGGACAGUGCGGAUUUAUUAGUACUAGGAGCUUGGUACGGAACCGGCAAAAAGGGUGGAAUCAUGUCGGUAUUUUUAAUGGGCUGCUACAAUCCGAACAAUGACACCUUCUGUACCGUUACCAAAGUACACACGGGCCACGACGAUAAAACCUUGGAGCGACUACAAAACGAAUUGGACAUGAUCAAAAUCAGCCAGGAACCGAGCAAAGUACCCAAAUGGCUGAAGUGCACCAAGACGAUGAUCCCCGAUUUCGUCGCGAGGGACCCCAAAAACCAGCCCGUGUGGGAGGUAACCGGUGCGGAAUUCACCCAGCACGACAUCCACACCGCGGAUGGUAUCUCCAUUCGCUUUCCUAGAGUCACCAAAAUACGCCACGACAAAGACUGGCAAACGGCCACCAAUCUCCAAGAACUGAAACUCCUCUAUUCGAACUCCAAGGAAAACCCCGACGUGAGUAUUUUGCUCAAAGGAAUCGAGGAUUCCGAUCGGCCGAAGAGGAAACAUGAAGAUAGCGAGGUCGAUUCGCCUUCUCCCAAGAAGAAAAAAAUUGCAGAAGAUUUCGAUGAAGAAGAAACCGUUGGGAUUUUCUCGGGGAUAAAAGCGAUUGUAACCGACGAAUUGAAAUCGAAAAAUCCAGACGAUUGUAUUAGCAAAUUUAUCAAACACGAUGGUAGUAUUAUCGAGGAAGAUAAUCGCGACGAUGCUACGCACGCUCUACAUUUUUACAAUAUAAUCCGAGAGCCGGUUUUGUGUUGCCCACACACCGUCAAACAUGUAUCUUACAAUUGGAUUAUCGAUUCCUUAAAAGAUGGUGCUUUGAGGGAUUAUAAAAUGUACACUGUACAGUGGAAUCCGGACAUUUGAAUAUUUAAAAUAGCAAUUAUGAGGAUGCUUCAAGGGUAAUUUCUUCGCGAGAAGAGUAAUUUUAUUGUGAAACUGCAGGUGAUAUGGAGAUGGGGUUAGUAUUAGUAUUAAGUAACUUUUUAAAUUAUUUUAAUUAUACAUAUUGUUUUAUUGC